AACACUACUAAAUUUUGCCGAAGAAAGGAAAACCAGAAUUCAUAGCCAAAAUCGACAUCGGCGUCGACGCAGCUCGAUGCAUAUCUAGCCUUACUUUUUGCAAUUCUCAAUUCGCCUUCUGGGUCUUCGAUUUUUACCGAGAUUUCAUUUGGGUGUGUGUUGGUUUUGAUGGAACGUGGUUUAAGUUUAGGGUUUUAGGGUUUUGAGUGGAAUCAAGUUUUCAAUGAGGUAAUUUGAGGGAAUAUAAGAAAUUUGGAGUGCAAGAUGUUAACCGAUCGAAGUUUUGUUCGUGUGGAUACUUUGGAGCUCAGAGCUUUGAUUAUAAGAAAGAUUGGGCAUCAAAGGGCAGAGAAGUACUUUGAUCAGCUAAGAAGAUUGUGUAGUUUGAAGAUUAGCAAGAAUGAAUUUGAUAAGUCUUGCAUCAGGACAAUUGGUAGGGAAAAUGUCCCUCUUCAUAAUCAGCUUAUAAGAUCAAUUAUCAAGAAUGCCUGCAAUGCUAAAGUUCCACCACUUAAAGCUACUAGAAGAGUGGGAAGCAACCUUAAUGUUAAUGCGUAUCCAAGGAAUUGUCUUCAGUCUAUUUAUGGGGAUGCAUUUCCUCCUUCCCCUCGGAAGGGAAGAUCUACGGUUAACCGUGAUCGAAAGUUUCAGGAUCGCCCAAGUCUGCUGGGACCCCUUGGAAAGCCCAAAAAUGUUUCAUAUGAAGAAUCAGUUUCCAAGGUACAGGAGCUGCAAAGUCCAACUGAAUUGCUUUCUCUUGGGAGCAGACCUCCAGUUGAAGUUGCAUCUGUCGAAGAUGGUGAAGAGGUUGAGCAAGCAGCAGGAAGCCCGGGCAUUCAGAGUAGAAGCCCUGUUACUGCUCCUCUUGGUAUCUCCAUUAAUUUUGGUGGAACUCGCAAAACACUGACUAGCAGUUUGACAAGUAAUAAUUACUAUUCAGAGAGCUGUCAAAAUUGUGGUGAGCUACCUGAUACGAGAUCAUUAAGAAGUCGUUUGGAGCAGAAGUUGGAGAUGAAGGGAAUUAGUGUCCCACUGGACUGUGUAAACCUUCUGAAUAACGGAUUGGAUGCCUACUUAAAAGGAUUGAUAGAGCCCUGUGUACAUUUAGCUGUGUCAACAUCUGGAAAUGAGCCCCUGAAGCAACCCAAUUUUCAGUUUGUUCCAAGUUUGAAUGGGAUGUUACCCCAGAGUUACUUGCAGAGGUCAAAGAAGCCUUGCCAUGCAUCCAUUCUGGAUUUCCGAGUUGCAAUGGAAUUGAAUCCUCAUUUACUUGGUCAAGAUUGGCCAACACAGCUUGAGAAGAUUUGUCUCUGUGCUUCUGAAGAGUGAGGAUAGCACAUAAACCAACAAAUUAUCAUUCUAAUUGACCAUAAGAUUCAAGUUCAUAUUGGAUCUAUGAUCCAGGUUUUACAUUAAAUUCUAUACCCUUUUCUGAAUUUUGAUGUCAUCCUCUUACAGAGAUUUAUAAUAUUGCCCAAGGAAAUUUGUUCUGGUAGCUGUUGGAAGUUUUGAAUCAGGUGGCAAGGUUGCAUUUAAAUUUCAGCAUCAAUGGUUACCGGGUGGCUGACAUGUGCGUACACUAAAUGUAAAAUUCUAGAUUAUUUGCGACUAAUGUUCAGGAUUUAGGACCAUUCUUCAGUUUAUCUGUUUUUUGUGUUUUUCACUUUUCUUUUUCUUGCCCUAGUGUUCUCAGUUAUAAUUAAUGAAAAGAAAAAAUAGCUUAGUUCAAAAUGGUAGCACUUCUUAAUGUUGGCCACAUGGUAUGUAUCGAAUUUUCUCUAUGCAGUUAUUUAACUUAUUUUAACACUCCAAAUCAUCAUAUUUUCUGGCACCCUCAAUAUAGUCUGAUUCAAAUUUCUACAUGAGUCAGAUUUUGCUCCUCCUGAAAAGUAGAUCCUUGGGAAGCAGCUCUGUGCCUCUGUUGUAGCUUACGUUAUCCUGGUUUAGAACAUGGAAAAGUUUAAUGGUUGCUUCAAAAUAAAUCUUUUACGUAUAUUCAUUCUAUGGUAACCUGCAUUUUCUAUAUAAAUACAUUAGGUAGUUUUCAGACCUGUACGUUGAAUUCCCAUAUGAUGCUUUUUCUUUGUUUUUUCUUGUAUUGUUCAUUUCCUUGCAGUAAAUAUGAUAUCUUGAAUCUUUUAUUGUUAACAAACUGACGAACUUCUU